GUUUGGCGGCUCAGUCGCCGCCGCACAUCCGGAUUCAUCUUAAAGGGUUGCCGCUGUGUCCGCCGCCGAUCCUCCCCCCACCCCCCGCAAUAGAGGGACUCCCCCCUCCCCGCCCCACCUGCAAACUUGCUGGAGCUGCACCGCAGGCUGAUUGCAGGUGCUGGUAAGCCUCUGGGAACACUGCUGGUAUCAUGGAGCCAUGGGUGUAUCUAGACCAGCGUCAGAAGGCUCUGUAUCGAGAUGUUAUGCAAGAAAGCUAUGAGACACUGAUGUCUCUUGCAGCUAAUCAACUGCUAAACAACAAUAACCACGACGAUGAUGAGGAGGAGGAGGAGGACGACGACGAAGAUGAAGGCAUGGAAGAAUUGCGGCCAGGGACCUCUCAAAGUGCGCCCAGAAAGGUCAAGCCCUUGACGAGACGGGAAACUCCCAAGCAGCCAAAGAUCAUCCCAGUGGUGAAGAAGGACAAAGCCACCCAGCGUGGACAUGCCUUGAAAAAAAGCCUUGAGAGACGCUGCUCAGAUUGUACGAGGACCCUUCAUUCCGCCGGCAGAGGGCGCCAGAGGAGUGAAGCCAACGCCGCUCGGGAGAAGCCGUUCCAGUGUAGCGACUGCGGGAAAUGCUUCAUCUGGAGCUCCCACCUCGAGCGCCAUCGCCGGAUGCACACGGGAGAGAAGCCCUUCAAAUGCCUCAACUGCGGGGAAGCCUACAGCCAGAACUUCCACCUCUUGCAGCACAGCUGUGCCCAGCUGAUCGAAAAGCCCUUCAAGUGUCCUGAGUGCGGGAAACGCUUUGCCCAGAGCUCGGCCCUGGAGAACCAUCAGAAAGGCCAUACGGCAGAGAAGCCCCAUAAGUGCUUGGACUGUGGGAAAUGCUUCAUCUGGGCUUCCCACCUGGAGAGGCACCGGCGGGUCCAUACCGGAGAGAGGCCUUUCAAGUGCCCUGAAUGUGGAGAGUCGUACAGCCAGAGUGCCCAUUUGGCCAAGCACCGGCGUAACCACAUGGGCGAGCGCCCUUACAACUGCCCUGCCUGCUGGAGAAGCUUCGCUCAGAUCUCUGAGCUGGAGGAACACAAGAAGACCCAUCUGGGCUGCGAGGACUGUGGCAAGGUCUACCGGAGUCGGCAGACCCUGAUGCGGCACCAGCGGGGACACCACCGCGAGCGCACCCAUCUCUGUGAAGAGUGUGGGAAAGGCUUCGUGUGGGCCUCCCAUCUUGAGCGCCACCGUCGGGUGCAUACUGGGGAGCGCCCGUUCCCUUGCCCCAUCUGCGGGGAGAAGUUUGCCCAGAAGGUACACCUCCUUCACCACAACAAGACUCACUCUCACACCCGGCCCUACAAGUGUGGGGACUGCGACAAAUGCUUCGGGGACAGCUCUGCUUUCCUAGCUCAUCAGCGGGGUCACGCCAUGGAGAAGAACCACAAGUGCCAGUAUUGCUCCAAAAGCUUUGCCUGGAGCUCCCACUUGGAAAGGCAUCAGCGCAUCCACACGGGGGAGAAACCCUACAAGUGCCCCGAUUGCCCCGAGCACUUUAGCCAGACUUCCCAGCUCUUCAAGCAUCAGCGCUGUCACCUAGGCAAGAGGCCCUACAAGUGCAGUGAAUGUGGGCGCAGCUUCAGCACCACCCUGGAAGUCCUCAUCCACCAGCGGACCCACUUUGGGACCAAGCCCUUCCGUUGCUCCAGCUGUGGGAAGGGGUUCACCCGCCGAGCCAACCUGCUCAAGCAUCAACGGUGCCAUGCUAAGGAGUCCCCUAAGGAGCAUUUAAUUGAACUGAAAUGUGAAGGCAACGGGUUCUCCGAUAUUUAACGGUUGGGAAUCCCGGCAAGAGGAGGCCAUUGCCGAUGUUCUGGGGUUGUGGAGACUCCAGUCCUUGUUCAGCUCUUAACAACAGGACCCGAUGCUAUGGACGUGGUGGGAGAGAAGGACGCUUUAGGAAAUGUCUAGGACAAUGGGAAGGCCACAGAAAAGUCUUGGUGAAGAGGUAUGGCUGUCACCAGCAUACGAAAGAAGAUCUGCCAAGAAGACCAAUAAUAGCCAUGUCCAUCGGCGAUGAGGAUCCUGAUUUAGAGUCCACGCGGAUGACUUUAUUUCACAUUUAGUCGAUACUGUACAUAUCAAUGUGCCCCAAGUAUGGGGGGGAAAAGCUUUAUUCACUGUUCAUGUUUACGUUCGGUAGCCUUUCCUCAGAUAGACCAAUUCUCCCCCCCUCACAAUCCAUUUUUUUUUUUUUGGAAACUCUGGAUGAUGAAGCUUUAACAAAUUCUGAAGGCUGACCUCCAGACCUUAAUAUGCCUGACUGAGACUUUACUAAAUGGUGUGGAAAUCUGCAUGGGGGCCUGAAAACAAGCAUUUUUAAGCCUCUUGAAUGUGGAGGGGGAAAAAAAAGCUUUAUUGACUAAAGAACCUAAACACCUGAGGCUUUGUGCUGGCCAAUUGUAUUUUAGUGACUACCAUAAUUAGAUGGUACAGUAGAACCUGAAUAUCUAGAGACUAUCUUAAUAUCAAACUAUUCCAUUCUUGAUACAUUGUUGAGGGGGGGGGGACAUACGCGCUACAUUGAUAAAAAAAAACAACUCCCUAUUUUUUCUUGGUUUUUAGAAUCCUAGCUGUUUAGUUUCUGCUUAACUAGUUUGGAGAGAUAUUACCUCCGCACAGAAAUAUUUGGAUUUCUUUUUCAGCAUUAACUAUAGAAACACUUGACUCUCCUUUCGUUAUGUGGAGUGUUGGUUUAAUGAGUCCCAGUCUACUAAGUACACUUGAUUUUGGUGCUUUAACCUAGGUGUUUCUGAUAGAUUGGUCACUCACAGUGGUUCGAUCUUACGCAGGGAAGUGGGAUCUGCUUAACCAAGAGAACAGAGGGUUCAUUUGGGUUGAUAUGGCCAAAAGGAGUAAUGUAUGGAGGGUAGACAAUAGAUAGGUUCCAGAAGAACCCAGAUAUGGGAAUGAGGAACACAUUUGUGGAUAGUUUAUGGAUGAUGGAACAAGUCAGAAUUCAGAGGUGCCAGCCUUGCAUUUUUCAAGAAAAUUAGAAGCCGUUUCAGGCAUUGACCUGAGUCAGCUGCGUAAUUUUUGUUUCAGAAUUAUGAGGGACAUUUAUGAGGGGCCUACCGAGGAGGUGUUGACAAACAGCACCUUGUAGUAUAAAAACGAAAGGAACAAUGAUACCCAGAAAUGUUGGAUUGUCAUGAGGGUAAGGGGAAAAAGAAGCAGAAUAUGAAUCUAUUCCAGAGAAGAGCAGGCUAGAAAUAGAACAAAAGAGGACAAAAACUCAAUGGGAGGGAGGGAAGAGCCUCCUGGCUGUGCAGGUUAACCCCUAGCAUUUGCCACUGGAGUGUGCAUGAUGUCCCUAGAAGUGGGGAGGAGAGAUGGCAAAAGGCUUUAGUGAAACCUGAAGAAGCUUGGGGUUUGAGAAAACUUGCUUGAGAAGAUACCUAUCUUCUACCAGGUGACUGGUGACUGGUGAUGGAAAGUGAAGUUGUCCACCAGGGAGAAUUCUAGGCAUGGGGGGAUGGAUGGCAAGGGCCUCAAGCAAAACCACCCUUGAGUCCUGAUGACCAGUGAAGUCUGAAAGGCUAUAUGAUGAAAACAGAGGGGAGGGUUGCUUUUCCAGUUGCUGAGGAGGUGAAUUGUUAUUUAUCCAGCUGCUGUACUUUCCUCAGAUCCUACCUCAGAUUCGUGUUCCAGGUGACUAACUGGAAGAAUCCAUCUCGCCCUUCACACUGUGCGGCAUGCUUCCUGAAGAGAUGCCCACAGAGGACUGGAAGCCUGGCCUUGCGGGAGAGUUUGGAGUUAUUGCAAACAUGCUGUGAUUCUGCACAUCCACAACAACUCUUUGAAACACCAAAUCACAGGAUUAAUAUAGAUGGAUGAUGUAUUGGUAAAAAGGUCUUUGUAACCCCGUCUCUUUCUCAUCCUAUUUGCCUGUGCUUCCCCAACCAAUUUCCUUUGCUUUACUCUCACGUUUUCCUUCAGAAGUUCAUUUGCUUUAUUGCUUUUGAGGUACCUGUUUGACAUGAUAUGCUUCUCUUGAUUUUGCUCUCACCCUAUUCCUCCAUUUGUUUUUGUCUAAAGCAAACAAGCAUUUUUUUCUGUUUUAGGACCCCUUUUCCCAACUGACUAAUAGAGUUGAAGAAGUUUCUAAUCUCUGAUUUUCUUGGUUGAUGGUUAGGAGUAAUCAAGUAAAAAAAAUGUAGCAUU